CUUCUGUUGUGCCAAACGUGCAGUCUGGGCGUUGGCGCAGCAUCUCCACUCCUCUGUGUACACAGGCAUGCAAGAUUCCCAUUCAACCGGCCUACUUUGGUUCGGGGGUUUCUUCCUUGUGUGCACAGUAGGGAGGUCUGCACGUUGCCGGGAUUCCGAUUCAAACCACGUCCACUCUUCGGAGUGGCAGUUGGACCUUGGACUGCGAUCCUUGGGCGCCUUUACACCUCGUGUGCGGCUUGCCGAGUACUGCGAGUUCCCCCCGGGUGCGAUGAGAUGAACGGCUGGCAAGACGUGAUCUUCACUUCAAGGUCUCUUACUCAGCUGGUCAACCCCAGCUGACAGCUAU